CAAACCCACUGUCUGGGCAUCAUUGCAACCAAUGUAUUAAUUUACGCUAGGAAACGGAAAAGUGAAACUGACUUGCGAAAAAUGAUCAAAAUUAUGAAAGAAUUGCUGAAAAUUGAAAAAAAACGAAAAAAUUCCUUUCUCACAUGCACAGUCAUCCGAAAGAAGGAGCAAAAAGCAGAGAAAGAAACAUUUAAUGAAUUCUGAUCGUUUCUAUUUCUAUGUGCCUACUUAGUCAGAUAGAGUAAUAUUAUAGUCAGAUACUACGCAAAUAGAAUAGUCUAUUUUUCUAAUGUUUUCCCGUUUUCUAAUGCAUAUAUAAGCAAUUGCACAAAAAUCUCUAUGAACAAUUGGAAGUUUCGUUUCUUUUUUACUCUUUCAAGUCAUAUUCAACCUAUAUUGAUAACGAACGAGCUUUGUUGGAUUUAUAGUACUAUUGUGCCAGUGAGUUUUAGUUUUCUUCGAACGAAACUGUAUGCCUCUUUUUCUCCUCUUUUUUUAUUAAAAAUCCUCUUUUUUCAAAGAACGCUGAGCCUCUUUUUUCCUCUUUUUUUGCAAAGUGUUGGUGGGAUGCCAGUUAAAUAAGCAACAAUCUUCGCAUGAAAAAAAGAAAAAACGAUCGUAAAAAAUUUAUUCACAAAAACAAGACGGUAAUAUCUCUAUAGAUUGAUUUAGUACGUCGGAAAUUAUUAAAAAUUAGCUAUCUAUUAUUGUGUUGGGGCGGCAUCGACUCAGUCGAUUCACUUACACUUUUAUCCAUAGCUCGUAUAUUUUGUGUAACAAAAUCAGACACAUACUAAUACUAGAACAGAUGAGAUAUAAAUUAAAAAUUUUCUCAAGUAACUUUUCGAUCACUGGUUGUGUAAAAAACAAGAUUUAUUCUAACAGAAAUAUAACCUAUAGAGUUUCGAAUUCAUUCCAGAUCAAAGAAAACUGUGCCCGAUGUAUUAUUAUUCCAUUUCCAUUUGCUCAAAUUGAACCUGUUGCUGCUCACAUUCGAUCUUUAGGAAAUUUCGCUUGGAAGCCAAUCGUAAUUCAGGUUGAAUAAUUAUUUCUAAUAAAAACCAAAUAUAAACAUUCAUAUUUCUAGGAUGCUGUAAGACGUUUUGGUUCUAUUAUUUAUGGUGAUACAUCAGUUCGUUAUAAAACAUCAAAUUUUGAUCGUCUACUUAUUGAUAAUUUAAUCCGAGGUUUUUCAUGUCGUGAAUUACCUGGACAUUAUUUACCAUGUUUUACUUUAAGUGGAACAUUUUCAUGGUUUAAUGAAACAUUUUCAUCAUAUGAUGAUAUUUAUAUUGCUGAAGCAGGUUUUGUUGCUGUAACAGAUAAUUUUCUAUCACGUCUUAUACUUAAAACAUGGGUAACAUGUGCACUUAAUUCAAAUUGUAUAGCACCAUCAAAAUCGAAAACUCAGUGUAAACGUAUAAUCGGUUUCACAGAAAAGCAUCGUUAUGAUCAAUCAGCUAUGGUAAUUGUGCUCUCAUUUUAUUUUUUUCCAAGUUCACGUCAAAAUGAUAAAAGUGAUCCAGCACCAUACGAUAUGUAUACAUCCAUACCAGAACACAUAGCAGAAGUUCGACGUUUUGAAGGUGAUAGCCAUUAUUUUACCACUCGGAAAAACCUUUAUUUGCAGCAGAAGAGUUAA